GAGGCAAGCAGGCAUGCAGGUGCUGAUCCCUCUGAGGGAAGAAUCAGGCAGACUACAACCAGCAGCCUGUCACACCAGACAGGGAGUUUGUCUGUGUGGAGAAUCUAAUAAAACUCCUUAAUGGCCUGGUACACGUACUGCUGGGUUCUGAUGGGGCUUUUAGGUGUUAGCUGUGAAGUAACCAAGCCAGCAGAUAUGAUGUGCACUGAGUUUAUAGCUAACAGAAGCUACAGUUGUGAAGGUCUGGGACUGACAGAGAUUCCUGGACAAUUACCUCACAUAACCAAAGUCCUUGAUUUCAGCUUUAACUUCCUGUAUUCCCUUCAACAAUCAACAUUCAGCAAGUUGAAAGAUCUAACUUAUUUAGACUUAACGAGGUGUCAAGUUAACUGGAUAUAUGGUGGUGCCUUUGAAAACAAUUCUCAGCUGGAGGCCAUUGUCUUGACUGGAAACCAUCUUCUGUUUCUGGCAGACACAGCAUUCACUGGACCUUGCUGUCUGAAGCAUCUUGACUUAACCCAAACAGGACUCACAAGUUUACAAUUUAUCCCAAUGCAGGACCUAAGAAACUUGGAGAUACUAAUACUAAAAAACAACUACAUCCAGUCACUAGCACUCCCACCAAAUUUUCCCACUAGGAAUCUCAAAUAUUUGGAUUUUCAGAUGAACACCAUACAAAAAAUAUCAGCUGAAGACAUAAGGGUGUUAAAGCAAGUCAGGAAUCUGACACUCAUUCUUAUGGACAAUGACAUUAUGCACAUUGAGACCAGGGCUUUCAGUUCCAUUUUUUUCUACACUUUGGACUUUGGCAGUUGUGUUAAUGUUUCGGUGAUCCUGGAAGGACUGCAAGAUGCCAGUACUGUUGCUCUUAGGCUUGGGACUUUUUUGGAUAGACAUGUUCUUCCCAUAACUCCUGCCAUGUUGCAGGGCAUCUGUGGCAUCUCUGUGGACUCCGUCUAUCUGCCAUAUCGCCAUUUCCUAGACUUCUCCGCUGACACAUUCCAAUGUUUGGUCAAAAUCAAAAAGUUGGACAUAGCCCACACAUCCAUAACCGAACUACCCUUUGGCCUGGCUCAGAUGAAUAUUCUGAAGAAAUUAAAUCUCAACAAGAAUUACUUUGAGCAUCUUUGCAACAUCAGGUCUUCUGCUUUCCCCAACCUCACCCAUCUUUACCUCAGAGGAAAUCGGAAUGGUUUGGAUUUGGGCUCUGGAUGUUUAGAAUCCUUGUCAAAGCUUCAACAUCUUGACUUGAGCAAUAGUCAGAUAAAAAGUUUUGAUUGCUGUAGCAAGGAGCUCCGUGGUCUGAGCAGCUUGCAACACCUCAACUUGAGCUACAAUGGCAAGCUCAUGCUCCAGAAUGCAGCCUUUAAUGAAAGUGCUAACCUUAAGAUUCUGGAUCUCACUUCCACACACAUUCUCACCAAUGCUUCCCAAGGACCCUUCUGCAACCUGCAUUUUUUGCAGAUCCUGAACCUUUCUUACUCUCAAAUUGAUCUAAGUAUCCAACACAUUUUACAAGGUCUAAAGAGUCUUAUUGUCUUGAAUCUAAAUGGAAAUAGCUUUGAAUCUGGGGCCAUCCUGACAGACAACCUCUUUCAGCAGGCACCCAAUUUAGAGGUGUUAACGUUAUCUUACUGCAAAUUGUUGGCUAUACAAAUCAAAGCAUUUUCUGCCCUCAAAAAGCUCAGACAUGUGGAUUUGAGCCACAACAAUCUUAUUACAUUCAUUUCAGAUGCGUUUUCAAAUCUCAGGGACAUAUAUCUCAAUUUUGCCAAUAAUAGGAUCCAUAUUAUCCCACGUGAUAUGUUGACUAGCCUAUCUGGCCAGAGUGUAAUCAAUUUAAGUUACAAUCCACUGGAAUGCACCUGUUCCAAUAUUGGAUUAUUAACUUGGUACAAGCAAAACAUUGAUAAAAUUGAGGACUCUGAAGAGACAGUGUGCUCCAAGCCCAAAUCACUAGCGGGUGCUAAGCUCUUCUCUAUAAAUCUGUCCUGUGGGUAUAGCAUUGCACAAGUAAUAUUGAUUACCUUUGCUGUGAUAACAGUAAUUGUAGUGACUUUCAUUUUGAUCCUACAUUUUUUAAAGAGAAAGUACCAACAGUUUUAA